UUCUACGCUACGGCCAUAUGUAGCUGGUGGGGCCCACAUUCAGGAGAGAAGUGGGUUGCCGGUUUAAAUCUCCAUCGCGACGACUUUACAGUGGUUUGACAAUCCGUAGAGGUUCCGAGAUCUCACAUUAAACGGAGACAACGACGCGACCACGAGACGGAACAGCUGACACAGUUUGACUAAAGCCUCAACAUGCCUGUGGCGUCGACUGGCACCGAGCGCGUGGUACCCCCCCAGAUCCUGGAUACCCUGAGUGACAGCAACAGCUCCACCACCGCCAAUGACCUGGACCUCAUCUUCCUCAAGGGCAUCAUAGACAGCCCCGUGGAGCCAGAGAGUCUGGAGGAGACCAGGUUGGAGGCGGUGAGGGACAACAACGUAGAGCUGGUCGAGGAGAUCCUCAGAGAGCUGAGUCCCUUCACACACCAAAGCAAAACCGCAGCAGAGCUCACGCGCAUCCUCAACGAACCCCACUUUCAGUCUCUGCUGGAGACCCAUGACUCGGUGGCGUCCCAGGUGUGUGACACCCCUCCCCCCAGCCCCUGUGCCUACAUGGAGCCCCCCGUCAGCAGCCAGCCAGUGCCCCCAGAUGCCGUCCGGAUGGUGGGCAUCCGCAAAGUGGCUGGUGAACACCUGGGCGUGACGUUCCGUGUGGAGGCGGGGGAGCUGGUGAUUGCCAGGGUCCUCCACGGAGGGAUGAUCGACCAGCAGGGUCUCCUCCACGCGGGUGACAUCAUCAAGGAGGUGAACGGGAAGGAGGUGGGUGAGGACCCGAGGGCGCUGCAGGAGACGCUGCAGGAGGCCAGCGGCAGCGUGGUGCUCAAGAUCCUCCCCGGCUAUCAGGAGGGCCAUGCGCCAGGACAGGUGUUUGUGAAGUGUCACUAUGACUACGACCCGGCCAAUGACAACCUGAUCCCGUGUAAAGAGGUGGGGCUUAAGUUCUACACGGGUGAUAUCCUGCAGAUCGUCAAUCAGGAUGACCUCAACUGGUGGCAGGCUCGUCGUUGUGUGGAGGGAGGCAGUGCUGGGCUGAUCCCCAGUCAGCUGCUAGAGGAGAAGAGAAAAGCCUUUGUCAAGAGAGACGUGGAGCUAGCCCCGCCAGGAAACCUUUGUACUGGAGUGGCGGGAAAGAACAAGAAGAAAAAGAUGAUGUAUCUAACCACUAAGAAUGCAGAGUUUGACAGGCAUGAGUUACUGAUCUAUGAGGAUGUUGCCAAGGUGCCUCCGUUCCGCAGGAAGACGUUGGUUCUGAUUGGUGCUUUGGGAGUGGGCCGACGCAGCCUGAAGAACAAACUGCUGCUGUCUGACCCACAACACUACGGCACCACCAUCCCCCACACCUCCAGAAAGCCAAAGUCAGGGGAGCGGGAAGGCCAGAUGUAUGCCUUCACCUCGCGGAGCAAGAUGGAGGCAGACAUCAAGAACGGUCGCUACCUGGAGCAUGGCGAGUACGACGGCAAUCUCUACGGCACCAAGAUGGACUCCAUCCAUGAGGUGGCGGAGGCCGGUCGCAUCUGUGUACUGGACGCCAAUCCUCAGGCCUUGAAGGUACUGCGGACGUCUGAGUUCCUGCCUUACGUGGUGUUCAUCGAGGCCCCUGAUUUCGAGGUCCUCAAGGCCACGAACCAGUCGGCCAUCGAGACUGGAGUCGUCACCAAGCAGCUGACGGACUCAGAGCUAAAGAGAACAGUGGACGAGAGCACCCGCAUCCAGACGGCCUACGGACACUACUUUGACCUCACCAUCGUCAACGACAACCUGGACGAGAGCUACAGGAACCUGAAGGCAGCUCUGGAGAAGGUCUCUGCUACCCAGCAGUGGGUCCCAGUCACCUGGGUCUUCUAGUGGGAGACAGAAGGACAAGAGGGUGGUGUUGAACACGAAUGUUCUCUCGUUCGUCAACACAAGACAGCCGAUGAUACUGUCUGGCUCAUCCUCACAGUGACCUCUGGACCUCUGACCUUUGGACUCCAUACAUAAGACUGAACUGACAGCAUUCUUUUUGCUGUGUACAUAUUGGUUUUGGAAAUUUGUCGACAAAACGUCAAGGAUUUUCUUGUUUGGGCAUUAUGUGAUUCUGGUGUGUGUGUGUGUGUGUGUUUGUGCGUGUGUUUGUGCGUGUGUUUGUGCGUGUGUGUGUGUGUGUGUGUGUGUGUGUGUGUGUGUGCAUUCCUGUGGUUGCAGAGUGUCUUCACCAUAAUCAUGUUCGCUACAUUGAUUCUUUCUUUUUAUUACCACAUUCUAUUUUCUUGUAUGAGGAGUUCAAGUUGAAACCCUUUUUGACACCUACUGUUGGGUAUUUCUUUUUUCUAUCAUUUCAAAAAAGGCAAGGCACUGAGGUGUGAACAUAAAACAUUCAAAUCAUUUGAAGAUAGCAUGUAGAUACAUAGAGAGACGUGUACGAUAGAUAGACUGUAAUAAGUACAACCUUUAUUUAUGUGACUACACGGGCACUUUUUUAUUAUUUGUUUUUGACGUGUCAAAAGCCUUCUAUUUUAUUUCAUAAAAAUACUAUUUUCACCCAGGUCUGCUGUACAUUUGGCAAAUAAACGGCUCCAGAAUUUCACACGAUGGGUUCCUUGCUGUUGGUUACAAAGAAGGCCUUCUGGAGCCAUUCAUCAGGCCUUCUGGAGCCAUUCAUCAGGCCUUCUGGAGCCAUUCAUCAGGCCUUCUGGAGCCAUUCAUCAGGCCUUCUGGAGCCAUUCAUCAGGCCUUCUGGAGCCAUUCAUCAGGCCUUCUGGAGCCAUUCAUCAGGCCUUCUGGAGCCAUUCAUCAGGCCUUCUGGAGCCAUUCAUCAGGCCUUCUGGAGCCAUUCAUCAGGCCUUGGUAACCAACAGCAAGGAACCCGUCAAGUAAAAUCCUGGAGCCGUUUACUUGUUAAACUGGGCGGACCUUUUUGUUACACUUUCGUAACAGAGGACCUUGUGAUGCAGUAGUAGUACAGGAUGCGUUGUCUAUUUGGUCAGUUGAAAUCGAUGCACCCCAGGCUUUGGGAAAUUUGGUGAUAAUUCGUUUGGGAAGAGAAAGCUAAAGGCAGAUGACCCCAGAGUUGUGGGUGGUAUUCACUAGACACGAAACAGAAGAAUAGAAUUUAGCUAUAAUGUGCCCUGGUGAAUAUGACCCUGGAAACUCCAGAGGAACGACACACAACAAUGACAAGUGUGUGUGCUCCCGAUGAGUGUAAGGUCAUAGUUUCUUACUUUUAGUAUGGUUUCUACAUUCCACGAUGCUCACAUGUAUCCAUGGCAUUUUCAAAUACCUAGAAUAGGAGUUUGGGGAUUUCAAUUAGAUGAAUUCAUGAUUGAACAAUUUCAAGAUGCUUCUGUGUUUGACUGUGUAUCAGUCACAGUUUCUAGAUGUACUGUAAAUGACAGACUGUGAAUGUAGAUAUACAAUAGACUAGAGGCAAACGCUAGCUACAGUGAUGGUGUGUUGUUUAUAGGAAAAUGAACUGUACAUUUGAUGAGUCGCACAAUUAAAUGCUUAAAAUCAA